GUAGCACCUAGUAUUUUUGUGCCGUGGGAUGGAGUUUCAUUUCGGUGACUGUUGUUAGCUAAGUCAAAGACUGCAAACGCCGAAAUAGUGGCCCCAUUCGUCUCAUUAAGAAGCACAUCGGGAGAGUAAGCCCGGUCAAUAUGGCAGAUAACAUUAUUAUCCGCGUCCAGUCUCCAGAUGGAAUGAAGAAGAUCGCCUCCACCAAAAGAGAGACAGCAGCAGCUUUUCUCAAGAAGGUGGCCAAAGAGUUUGGCUUUAAUUCCAAUGGUUUCUCCAUAUACCUGAAUCGCAAUAAGACUGAGGAGAUCCUAUCCCAAAACAAAGCCCUCAGUCUCCUCAAGAUCAAACAUGGCGACAUGCUCUUCCUCUACCCCUCGUCCUCCCCGGGCACGUCCAGCGAGGUGAUGGACGUGGCCACGCCGCACUCAUCCUCUUCCCUCCCCUCCACGUCAGCAGCAGCAGCAGCAUCAUCAUCCUCUUCCUCCUCCUCAUCCUCAUCCGCCUUCUCAUCCUCCUUCUCGUCCAUGUCGCGUUCGCACUCAUCGUCACAGUUCCCCGAGGACGAAAUCGACCAGUUCUUGGCCAAACAGGAGGGGAAGAUCUACCGCAACAGGGACCCACAGCUCUGUCGGCACGGUCAAAUGGGCAAAUGUGUGCACUGCGUACCACUAGAGCCUUUUGACGAGGACUACCUGAAUCACUUGGACCCGCCGGUCAAGCACAUGUCAUUCCACGCCUACAUCCGCAAACUCACUGGAGGCGCUGAUAAGGGCAAAUUUGUGGCACUGGAGAACAUAAGCUGUAAGAUUAAGUCAGGCUGCGAGGGGCACCCGCCCUGGCCCGAGGGCAUCUGCACUAAAUGCCAACCCAGUGCCAUUACGCUCAACAGACAAAAAUACAGACAUGUGGACAACAUCAUGUUUGAGAACCACACCGUCGCCGACCGCUUCCUGGACUUCUGGAGGAAGACCGGCAGCCAGCGCAUGGGCUACCUGUACGGCAGGUACACGGAGCACAAGGACAUCCCGCUGGGCAUCCGCGCCGAGGUGGCCGCCAUCUACGAGCCCCCACAGAUCGGCACCCAGAACAGCCUGGAGCUGAUGGAGGACCCCAAAGCCGCCGCCGUGGAGGAGAUCGCUGCCAAGCUGGGCCUACGCAAGGUGGGCUGGAUCUUUACAGACCUUCUGUCUGAGGACACUAGAAAAGGCACAGUACGCUACACCAGGAAUAAAGACUCGUACUUCCUGAGCGCUGAGGAGUGCAUCACAGCCGGAAACUUCCAGAACCAACAACCCAACGCCUGCCGGCUUUCCCCCGACGGCCAUUUUGGCUCCAAGUUUUUCACAGUAGUAGCCACAGGGGGCCCAGAUAACCAGGUGCACUUUGAGGGCUACCAGGUGUCCAACCAGUGCCAGGCCCUGGUGCGCGACGAGUGCCUACUGCCCUGCCGAGACGCGCCCGAGCUCGGCUACGCCAAAGAGUCCAGCACCGAGCAGUACGUGCCUGACGUCUUCUAUAAGGACAAAGACAAGUUUGGCAACGACAUCACAUAUUUAGCCCGUCCCCUACCUGUGGAGUACUUGAUCAUAGACAUCACCACCACCUUCCCCAAGGACCCACAGUACACGUUCUCCUCCACGCAUCGUUUCCCCAGAGAGAACCGAGAGGCCUUGGGAGAGACACAGGACUUCCACAGCUUGGCGACAUACCUCUCUCAGUGCUCUGCCUCGUCAUUCUUGGACAUCAUCUCCGAUUUCCACCUUCUUCUCUUCCUGGUGACUAACGAAGUCAUGCCCUUACGGGACAGCAUCGGUCUCCUGCUGGACGCUGUGAAGACCUCCAACGAGGAGCUGGCACUGACAUGGAAGAAGUCUGAACAGUGGGCCACCAUCGAGCAGCUCUGUAGCACUGUGGGUGGGCAGCAAGCGGAAUCUCUGAGCGACUAUGCCAUGGGCGGUCCGUCGGCGCCGGCCUCGUCCUCGUCCAUGUGGUCUUGCCUGCACUGCACCUUCAUGAACCAGCCGGGCACCGAGCUGUGCGAGAUGUGCAGCCUGCCCCGCAGUUAGGCCUCCCCGCCACCAGGGGGAGGGCACCGACAUCCCGUCCUCACCGCGCUGCCGACUGUGUCGGCGCCUGGGAUCAGGCGCCAGAUUGGGCCGCUUCCUCCAUCUCUCUCCCUCUCUUUCUCCCUCUGUCUCUCCCCCUCUCCCUCUCUCUCCCCUUUUCUUUCUUUCUCUCUCUCUUUCUCCCCCUCUUUCUCACUUUUUUCUUUCCCCCCCUUUUCUCACUCUCUGGCUCUCGCCCUUGGUCCCCACUUUCCCCCUUAACCCCCUCCCUUUGCCCCCUUCACAGCCACACAUACACCCCCUCCAUCUCACGGACAUCGUUGAGGGGUGCGUGGCAACUGCGGCAAUACCCAGUCCAGACGGCCAACGGGGGCAACAAGCAGGGUCACUGUGCAGUGUUUGAUCACUUCAACAACAAACAAAAAAAACAAAAAAAAACAAAUGAUUGUGUAUGCAUAGCUCUUGCAGUUCAGCAGGGAUGUUUUUAGGUAAAGCACCUUGGUGAGGCUGUCUCGCUAACCCCUAGCCCGCAUUAUCCCCCCAUCCCUACCUGCCACCUUGCUCUUUUGAGCAUCAGAACAUCAAAAACCUCCUGAAUCUGGACUAUGACUCAAAUCGGUCCAAUCGCUAGCUCUCUCUGAUUUGUGUACAUAUGAGUUUCAGGAAUGACACUGUUAAUUUAACUUGAUGCGGCGCUUUCUUUUUCGUGUCAUUUGUUUUUGCUUUCCUUUCCUUCUAUUGUACGGUGUAAUAGUUACAUGCGAGAUAUUGAAACCAGUACUUAAUAUUUUCUUAGUGAACUUGCAGUGGGAUUCUGGACUUGAAGGAGAAUUGAUUUCUAUUUUAUUUUUCCCCACACACCAUGAACCACACAGAAACGAGAUGCAUUCUGUAACAGUUCCACUCGGGCCACACUGAGUAUCAUACUCACCCAACCCAACGGCCAAACAUUCACCAUCAACCCAACCCCUCCAGCUUUACUGUUGUGCAUACAGCAUACGAAUCAGUCCUUGCCAUGACUCCUUUUAGCCUAAUGGAUUACAAUUGGAAUGGAUAAAGUUAACCAUUUAAACAUCUGUGUGGAUGUUGAACAGUCACGUUUACUGGUUGACGACGGGUUUACCCAGGGUUUGGUUUGAAAUCCAAAAGUGUGUGUCUGCGCAUUUGUCUGAAUCUUGACUUUUUUUUGGGCACUUAGGGCCACUGAAGUUUCUGGUACAGAAUUAGAUUUUUGGCUUUACUCCUCUGACUUCCGAAAAACAGAGAUAGAAAGGUUAGUGUACUGGCUCUCAGAGGAGAUGAAGCAAAGGUCAGAAAUCAUCACUGUCCAAAUAGCCUCCACACAGGACAUGUAUUAUAACCCAGCUGAACCUAAGACUCAGGCUUUUUGAGAAAGUAAGGUGGACCUGCUUUCUGAUACAACUUGCAGUAUGGUAUAAAUCAUGAUACUUUGGCUGUAUAAUUUGGAUUCAUUGUAGAGGUUGGUGGACCCACUUUUCUUUCACCUCUUGUUCACCUUUAUGGAACGGAAGUGUGCAAGGAUUUGCAUUCCAAAGUUGCCCUACUCUUUUUGGUUUGAACCUGUCCUAUUCAAGACAGUAUUUUUUUUUCCCCUUCCAACUGGACUUGGCUCACUCUCUCUUCCCCCUAUCCGCAAUUUCUGACUUCUUUCCCCUCCCUCUCAUUAUCUCUCCCUCUUUAUCGAGCCCCAAGCAAUCUGAAGAGUGCCCGUUGCGUGCGGUGAGGGAGUUGCGGGAGAAUGUGCCUCCAUUUCACCGUUUGGCCUCUACAGAGCCUGCAUUAGUAUGCCGUCAGAGAGAGGUCAGAAAUAUCAUCCUCUCUAGUUGGCCGAUGGUGCACAGUACUUGUAAGAGUUGGGGCUGUGGAGGGAUCAAAGGAAAUGGAGGAGAGUUUAGACAGUUUGUUUUUCUUCUUCCUUAGGUUGUCCCCACUCCAAAACAUCAUUCCAGCACUAUACUAGUGUGAAAUAUCCAUACCCACUAAAAACAAGUGUUCUUGGACUGCUUUUUGAAGCACUUGAAAAUUGAAAAAAAAAAAAAAUAUGAAAAAUUUAUAAAUGUACUCUAAUGAAUCCAAAAAGAAAAUCAAAGAGGCUAUAUUUUCCUCUUAAACAAACACUUAGGUGAUCAACUCAUGUUGUUUUACAUAUCUGCAGUCCGCUGCGCACGUCUAUAGGGUACGUCUAGGGGAGGAGAGGUCUUUGGGAUGAGUCUCCAGGACUGCUCCUUGAACACACUCGUCUGUUCCUCCUUCGCGUCACUCACGGUUGUUCUGAAAAGCUACCCCCUUCUGUUCUAUAUUUUUUCAAGGGAGUGAGAGUAAUGGGCUGGUGUGGUGAGACCAUGGCUUCUAAGUUAUGCUCUAUUUAUGAUUUACUGCAUUUAACUUAAGUGCUUGGGAGUAAUUCUGGCGCAGAAAAGGCAAAGAUUGCAUUUGUUUUUGUUUUUUUCUGACAUUGAAAAAAGGUAAAUAAAAAAAGGUUGAUCUCUUCACCAUAUCUCCCCCUCACCCAACCUCUCCUGCCAUUCCUGAGGAGAAGAUGCUGUGCCCCCCCCCCUCAAGUGAAAUUUAAGCUGACUGCACUGCUUACUGACCCAGAGCGGAAGGACACCCUUACAAUUGUAUGCUGUAGGUUGGGUUGCCAUUUUCAGAAAUACCAAUUAAACAAUAAAAAUGGAUACCUUUCAAAGGA